CUCGAUUCCAACAGACUAUGGACUGACACCUGAACCGGUUUGUCUCUCCUAUCUUUACCUCAAAGGCACAUCUUACAGGCCAACAACUUCGCACGAGACUAUUAAUCCGACCUCGAAACUCUACCUCUCAGAAGCCCACGCGACUCCUUACUCGUUUCCUACUCUUCCUCUACACCCCACCACCACUGUCGCAAUGCAGGCUCUACCAGAAUCACGUCAACAAACGUUCGAGGAAAUUUAUGGACCUCCGGAAAACUUCCUCGAGAUCGAGGUAAAGAACCCUCAAACGCACGGCUCCUCCCCCCGCAACAUGUACACUUCCUACGAGAUCCACACGCGAACCAACAUUCCCGCCUUCAAGCUGCGCCAUUCUGUCGUGCGCCGCCGCUACUCCGAUUUUGAAUACUUCCGGGACAUCUUGGAGCGUGAGAGCGCAAGAGUCACCAUCCCUCCACUGCCCGGCAAAGUAUUCACGAACAGAUUCUCGGACGACGUAAUUGAGCACAGGAGAGAAGGCCUACAGCGGUUUCUGCAGAUCGUGGUUGGACAUCCGCUUCUGCAGACUGGGAGUAAAGUGCUGGGAGCUUUUAUACAAGAUCCGAAUUGGGACCGCAAUGCCUGGUAGGAACGAAUGAAGGCGCUGAGGUGACAUAGGCAAUAUGUCCAGCAUGCACUGAGGAACAGAUACGGUUCGAGGAAGCGAACGAGAACGAGACACGAAAUGACGAGCGGCAUGCUAGCCCAAAAGCUUCGCAUCAAGGUUGGAGCAAUUUUCAAUCGGUUUAAGGGAGGGGUUUCCGGCAUUCUUCCAGCGCUGCGAACGGAGUACUUGAACCUAAACUUCAGGGGUCGGGCUCGUAUAUCGUCAAGUGCAGGGACGAAGAGACUUUCUUCAAGGUCGCUCGCAGUCUCUUGGUGCAUACAUGUUAGAAUACUGCAACGGGCAGCAUUCGUACCCUGCAUAGCACGCAAGACUGUGUGUGUCUCGACGACGCAACAGAGACAGGUUGCAAUUGCACCACGGAGAGGCAGACGAGGAUGAAUCCAAUGAUGAGACUGGGACAACAGAAAUCACUAUUGAUCCUCGUAAUUGAUCGUCUAUACCGUGCAGCCUGCUUCACAGAUAUCUAGACGACGAUGCAUGACCCAAAGACUCCUAUGUUCCCUUGUAUGUUUAGCAAAAAGUGGCGCCAAUAUUCCUAAUCCCAUUACAUCGCUUGUUUGGGUAUCAUUGUCGCUUGCAGAAGAAAAAAAUAACACAAUAC